AUCGAGACACUUGCCUCUGCCUCUCCUUUGAAGCCACAUAAAUGCUAGCCGGUGUUUAAGUGUAUUUUUUUUAUUUUUUUCCCCCUCACAGGAAAGAAGAAACUGUCCUCUGGUUAAAUCAGCCCCAUGUUACAGCCAGUUGGAGCCGGCGAAGAUGAGAGCAGAUGUGUCAAUAUAUAUGUUUCUGCCCCUAUUUCACUUCCAGUAAAUGACUCCGCAGUGUGUCAUCUGGUCUGGUUUAAAUCUCCCAUAACAAGGUUUCUUUUUUUUUGAGUCACCUGCCAGCAUCUAAAGACGAGAACUGUGCUGCGUGUCUCCCUGCCUCUUCCCUCUCUGCUCCCUCAUCUCCUGCCCACAGUGUCUCUCCCUCCCUCAUUGCAUUUUUCCCAGGCUGAGGCGUCCAUGGACCCUCUGGCUCCGCUGCUCUCGUCAGUGACUUGGAGCGCUCGGAGAACUUUGUGAACUGUUCCUGCCGGAGUGGGGAGGGAGAGGGAAGGCGAGCAGUUGAUGGGACGCAGUCCGGCAGCAGCAGCAGGAGGCUCCUCUGGAGACGGCAUCGGAACUCUCAGCUGGAGAUAAUCGCCCCCCCCCCCCCGCCCCCCCGCCCACCAACCCCCGGGGUCAUGACGAGACAACACCUCAGCCUCAUAACCCCCCUGGCCGUGCUGGGACUCCUCGCGGGGUUCGCGGACCUCGGCCACGGCUUCGUUGGAGAGGAUGAGGAUUACUACAUGCAGGAGCUGCUCACGAGAGAACAGUACAACAAGGUCCAAGUGCUGGAGAAGCCCAUGACCCCGAUGCCAGAUGGGCACGCGCAAAACCCUGUCAAGAAGUUGCCAAAGGGAAAAGCAGAGAGCAGCAGGAAGACAGAUAAAACUACAGCGGAUCCCAAAUCAGCGAAAACGGCGAACAAAAAGGCGGAGAAGAACAAGAAGAGCCCCCUGAAAACCCCGAACAGCAUCUCAGAGGGAGACAGGCAAUACAACCCGACGAAAGAGGAAUGCCCCCCUAUCGGACUGGAGACGUUGAAGAUUGAUGAUUUCCAGCUCCACGCUUCGUCCACGAAGCGCUACGGCCUCGGUGCACACAGAGGUCGCCUCAACAUCCAGGCUGGCCUAUACGAAGAUGACCUCUAUGACGGGGCCUGGUGCGCCGGGAGAGACGACCCGCUGCAGUGGUUCGAGGUGGAUGCCAGGAGGCUGACAAAGUUCACCGGGGUCAUCACACAAGGCAGGAGCUCCCUCUGGUCGAGCGAUUGGGUGACUUCAUACAAGGUCAUGUUUAGCAACGACAGCCACACCUGGGUGACGCUGAAGAACGGCUCCGAGGACAUGAUCUUCAGUGGAAACAGGGAAAAAGAGCUCCCGGUCCGGAACGUGUUCCCGGCCCCCGUGGUCGCCAGGUACAUCCGGGUCAACCCGCGCUCCUGGUUCAACGUCGGCAGCAUCUGCAUGAGGGUGGAGAUCCUGGGCUGCCCUAUGCCAGAUCCGAACAAUUAUUACCACAGACGCAAUGAAGUCAUAACAACCGACGACCUGGACUUCAAACACCACAGCUACAAAGAAAUGAGGCAGCUCAUGAAGGUGGUUAAUGAAAUGUGCCCCAACAUCACUCGCAUCUAUAAUAUAGGAAAGAGCCACAGCGGCCAGAAACUGUACGCCAUAGAGAUCUCUGACAACCCGGGAGAGCAUGAAGUUGGUGAACCGGAGUUUCGUUACACGGCGGGUUCCCAUGGUAACGAGGUGCUGGGACGAGAGCUGCUGCUCCUGCUGAUGCAGUUCAUGUGUCUGGAGUAUCUGUCGGGCAACCAGCGGAUACGUCACCUGGUGGAGGAGACCAGGAUCCAUCUGCUGCCAUCCGUCAACCCCGACGGGUACGAGAAAGCCUUUGAAGCGGGUUCAGAGCUCAGCGGCUGGUCCCUGGGUCGAUGGAGCAGCGACGGGAUUGACAUUCACCACAACUUCCCCGAUCUCAACUCCAUUCUGUGGCAAGCUGAGGCGAAGAAGUGGGUUAAUCGCAAAAUACUCAACCACCACGUGCCCAUCCCGGACUGGUACCAGUCCAAAAACGCCACAGUUGCCUUGGAGACGCGGGCUCUGAUAGCGUGGAUGGAGAAGAUGCCCUUCGUGCUGGGCGGCAACCUCCAGGGCGGCGAGCUGGUGGUGACCUUCCCGUACGACAAAACGCGCUCCGAAGCGGUGACCAGGGAGCAGACCGCCACCCCGGACGACCACGUCUUCCGCUGGCUGGCCUUCUCCUACGCGUCCACCCACCGCCUGAUGACUGAUGCCAACCGACGGGCCUGCCACACGCAGGACUUCGCCAAGGAGGACGGCACCAUCAACGGAGCUUCCUGGCACACGGCGGCCGGCAGUAUGAAUGAUUUCAGCUAUUUGCACACCAACUGCUUUGAGCUGUCCAUGUAUGUGGGUUGUGACAAAUUCCCCCAUGAGAGUGAACUGCCCGAGGAGUGGGAGAACAAUCGCGAGUCUCUCCUGGUCUUCAUGGAGCAGGUGCAUCGUGGGAUCAAAGGUGUAGUCAGGGACCUGCAAGGUCGGGGGAUAGCUAACGCCAUCAUUUCCGUGGAGGGCAUCAACCACGAUAUUCGCACAGCUGCUGACGGCGACUACUGGCGCUUGCUGAACCCCGGAGAGUACAUAGUGACGGCCCGGGCCGAGGGCUACAGCCUCACCAGCAAGAAGUGCGAGGUGGGCUACGAGAUGGGCGCCACCCGCUGCGACUUCAGAGUCGGCCGCACCAACUUGUCACGCAUCAAAGAGAUAAUGGAGAAGUUCAACAAGCAGCCCAUCAAACUGCCCGUCAGGCAGCUGCAGGCUCGCCGGCCCAGAGAAAGGCGCAUGGGAACAUAAUGACUGCGCGAAGAAGAAGCCCCCGAGGAGGAAUUAAAAGCAAACAUCUGCUCUGAUCUGACUGGGGUGAAGUCCAAGCCUGGGUUUGGAUCUGUGUCAGGCUUCUCCAGAGCGCUGUCAGCGGAAAUUAGUGUUUGAAAUUUGCGGAUUUAUCCGAAACCGAGUGCAUUUUUAUUUGAUGUUUGUUUGGUUUCGUCCCCAGGCAUAAGCUCCCUUUGCGGUUUUAAGCGUUUCAUUCGGUCAAAGGCCAAGUUUGUCAGAAAAGAAAUAUAAGGCGCCACCUUCCCAUGACGUCAACCGUAAACACUGAUUUUUCACAUUAUAAUCGUUUAAAAACCGAAACUUCAGACGAGGAAUCUCUUUCAACAUCUCACUGCCAUGAAUGUACAUACUCUUUAACUUAUGUAACACAGUUAUUAAAGCCAAUACAAAAGCUUCAUUACCUGCACUUGUACGAUGUUAAGUCCUUUAAAAAGGCUUUUGUGUGUCAUUGAAUUUUUUUUAAUUUUUUUUUUUUUAAAUAAAUUUUGCUUUUAGGUAUUGAAAUAAAGACUACCUUUGCACAAUUUAAAAAUCUUGACGUCUUUGUACGGCUGCAUCGUUCAAGGAUAAUCAACGAAGAUGUUUUAAAGUAUGCAAUUACAAAUAAAAAAUGCGUUUAAACUGA